GUUCACUAGGUCAGGUUAUCUUUCUCAUAUUGAUUAUCAUUUAGACCGAAACUUGGAAAUUUAGUUGGAAGUGUCCCAUUAGAGCAUUACAGCAUCGUCUUUCCAUUUACAUCUAUAUCUAUAUAUAUAUCUUGGCAAACAUCUCGACACCCGCCAGCCAGGUCAAGAUUUUCACUCAAGAACCACCCACUCAGUCACCAACUAACAACUCACACAACUCAACUCACAACAUAUCAACAAGACACAAAAACAAUCAGACACACACAAACCAGCCAAAAACAGCCAUGCCCCCCUCAGAAAACGGCUCCGACUCCUCGGGCCCAGAAGGGGGCGACCUCUUCGCCGAGCCAGAAGGCUACUACCCGCCCUCGCCAAAACCCACGAGGCAGACCUUCACCACCGCGGGCGGCGACGUCGUCGGCCUGCACCUGGUGGGCUACUCGCCCACCGAGGCGCACCACCUGUGGAACGGCGCCCGCGUCGCGGCGCAGUACUUCGAGGCCGACCCCGCGGCCACGGUGGCGGGCCGCACCGUCCUGGAGCUGGGCGCGGGCGCGGGCCUCCCCUCGCUCGUGGCCGCGGCGCUGGGCGCGCGCAGGGUCGUCAUGACCGACUUCCCCGACGCGGAGAUCCUGGCCACCAUGGAGAGGAACAUUGCCGAGUGCGGGAUCAUCGCCGCAAAGGCGGACGUCAUCGUCUCCAAGGGCUUCGUCUGGGGCUUCGACCCGGCCCCCCUCCUGGCCGAGCUGCCCGCCGCGCACCCAAAGUUCGACGUCCUCAUCCUCGCGGACCUGCUCUUCCGCCACUCGGAGCACGGCAAGCUGCUCGACACGAUCCGCGACACGAUGGCGCCGGGCCCCGGCGCCAGGGCGUACGUCUUCUUCACCAGCUACCGGCCGUGGCUCGCGCACAAGGACAUGGCCUUCUUCGACCUCGCGCGGGGGAGGGGGUUCGCCGUGGACAAGGUCCUCGAGCGCAAGAUGGACCGCCCGCUGUUCGAGGACGACCCCGGGGACGAGGAGGUGCGCAAGACGUGCACGGGGUGGGUCGUGCGGUGGCCGCGGGAGGGGGAGGUGGUGGCUGGUGGUGCUGGGGAUGGGGCUGAGGCGUGAUCGAUUGAAUUGAUUGAAUUGAUUGAUUCACGUGGGUGGGUUGAGGUGAGGUUCUGGCCUGGCCCUGUUGGCCUUCCGACGACAAUGACACGGCAACACCGGCUCGCUGCUGCCCAGCCCCGUCUUCCGUGCUGUCGGGCCAGGCGAUUCCGGCGUGGGGGGCCUCGUCUGGUGUACGUACAUCAAUCGUCAUCACGCCU